CGCCAGGACAACUUUCAGUCUUCAUAGCACAUAUUAUUACUACGUUCUAGAGAGAGAGAGAGAGAAGAUGGUGAGGACUCCUUGCUGUGAUAAAACUGGAAUGAAGAAGGGGACUUGGACUCCGGAAGAAGAUAGGAAGCUGACAGCUUAUAUCACCAAAUAUGGUUCUUGGAACUGGCGCCAACUUCCCAAGUAUGCAGGACUAUCAAGGUGCGGAAAGAGUUGCAGACUCCGAUGGAUGAAUUACCUACGACCAAACCUAAAGCGGGGGAACUUUAGCAAAGAAGAAGAGCAGUUAAUCAUCGAGUUGCAUGAAUCGCUUGGCAAUAGAUGGUCUGCUAUUGCUGCCAAAUUACCAGGAAGGACAGACAACGAGAUUAAAAACCACUGGCACACCUACCUCAAGAAACUCGCGCGACCAAUCCCGGUCUCGCAAGGCGAAAAACCAGGCUCUAGUAAUCGUUCCAAACGCAAAUCCGCUGGAGGAAAAAGAUCGGAUCAAUUGAAAACUUCUCUCUCGAACCCUUCGACAAAUCACCAGAUCUUGGAAAGCUCUCAAUUCCCACCGCAUGAAUCGCCUAGCGAAUUAUGCUCGUUGAUGAUAGACACUGUGCAGGAAAACUCCGCAAGCUUUGGAGAAAGUACCGAAGUCUCGCCUAACGAAAUGUUUUUCCAAACCAUCGAAAGCUUCUGGACCGAACCAUUUUUGGAAGACAUCUACGACGCCAAAUAUGUCAUGGCCCCGUUAAUCGACAUGGAAUAUUUGUCUUUUGACUCUCCGUUUAUCGGUGACGAACUUUUAUGCUCGUAUGGUUUCUCUGAUGAAUAUGUAAUAAAGUUUUGAAGUGAUCGAACGUAACAACGUUGUUAUUAGCGUUGUAUGCUCGCUUAAAUGAGAUAAAAGUAGCACUUUGCGUCUUGUAGUAUGUGUGACAAUUGUAAAAGAAUUCUCUCCUCGACGAGGCUGGCUGAGUUAAGAUUUCAAAUGAAGUUCUGUUUAUGAAAAUAAAAAAAUGCUCUAUGUUUGUACUGUAGAAA